GUCAGGUGCCUCGGCACGACCAUAAUGGCCUGCGUGCCUGAGGUAACCGACAUAUAAGGAAGUGUAUACGGACGUGACACAGAAAGCACUCUGAAACUGUCUCGCUUUCAGAUGCGAUACUUUGCUGGGACUGAUCUUCUGAGCAGACUAGCGAGUUGCGGUGCUCGUCUCUUCACCUAGGCUGCCGCGUUACAGCCUCAAGACCCGAUUACCGCCGCAUGCGCCUGUCGAAACUCCCUGCAAAGCAAUGCGUCUUUUGCAUCGCAGCGACACUGGCGAGUAUAGCCUCACCAAGGACUUAGUAGGCGAUGACACAAUCCCUCCCUAUGCGAUUCUUUCGCAUACUUGGAGGGAGGGCGAGGAGGUCACCUUCAAAGAUCUCAUGGAUGGUACCGGACAAAGUAAGACUGGCUAUGAUAAGAUCCGGUUUUGCGGACAACAGGCCGAAUAUGAUGGCUUGCAAUACUUUUGGGUGGACGCCUGCUGUAUCGAUAAAUUAAACCAUGUCGAACUUCAGGAGGCUAUCAAUUCCAUGUUUCGCUGGUACCAGAAGGCAACCAAAUGCUACGUUUAUUUGUUAGACGUUUCGACAACUAAGCGGAGAGCAAACGAUGAAUGUCUCGAAUAUACUUGGGAGCCAGCUUUUCGGGAAAGCCGAUGGUUUACCCGGGGCUGGACCCUUCAAGAGCUUCUCGCCCCGCGCUCCGUCGAAUUCUUCUCUCGAGAAGGCAAGCAACUAGGUGACAAGACAGCUCUAGAGCAAAAGAUUCACGAAAUUACGGGUAUUGCUACCCUAGCCCUUCAAGGAACCCCUCUAUGUGAGUUUAGCGUCGAGGAACGAUUAUCGUGGGCGAAAAGCCGCCAGACAACGCGCAAAGAAGACAGGGCGUACUCGUUGCUGGGUAUAUUCGACAUCCAUAUUUCGCUCAUCUAUGGCGAAGGGGAAGAGCACGCGUUCAAACGGCUCCGGAAGGAGAUCGACCAGCCUUCAAACGAUCUUCGACCGCAACAGGCCUCCACUCAAGCGGAGAAAAAAGACCAGGAAUGCCUCCAACACCUACGCCUCACCGAUCCCCGUGAUGACAAGAAGCGCAUCGAGGAAACCAAGGGCGGGCUGCUGAAAGACUCGUACGGCUGGAUUUUCGAAAACUCUGACUUCCAACGAUGGCAUAUCGACCAGCAGAGCCGACUGCUAUGGAUUAAGGGUGACCCCGGCAAGGGUAAGACGAUGCUGCUCUGCGGCAUAGUUAAUGAGCUGGAGAAGUCAGUAGCCAAGAUACAUCAGCUGUCCUACUUCUUCUGCCAGGCCACGGACUCGCGAAUCAAUAACGCCACAGCCGUGCUACGAGGUCUGGUAUACUUGCUCAUCGAUCAGCAACCAUCGCUCGUCUCGCAUAUUCGGAAGAAGUACGAUCACGCAGGCAAAGCCCUCUUUGAGGACGCAAAUGCCUGGGUUGCGCUAUCUGAGAUCUUCACAAACAUCUUACAAGACCCGAACUUGAAUAGCACGUACUUAAUCAUCGAUGCGCUUGACGAAUGCGUAGUAGACUUACCAAAACUGUUAGACUUUAUCGCCGAGCGGUUGUCAGUAUCUUCUCACGUCAAGUGGAUCGUCUCUAGCCGUAACUGGCCUGACAUCGAGGAAUGUCUAGAGAGGGCGGGACAUAAGGUGAGGCUAUGCCUCGAGCUUAAUGAAGAGUCUAUUUCUACGGCGGUCAGCAUAUUCAUCCAGCAUAAAGUGCUUCAGCUGGCAAAAAGAAAGAAGUACAACCAGAAAACGCGAGACGCGGUGUUAGACCAUCUAUCCUUACAUGCGAACAACACCUUCCUCUGGGUGGCAUUAGUUUGUCAAAACCUGGAAAAGAUCCCACGGUGGAACACCAUUGCGAGCCUAAACGUAUUUCCACCUGGACUUGACUCUCUUUACGAGCGGAUGAUGCAGCAAAUAUGUAAUUCAGGCAAUGCUGAUCUGUGCAAGCGGAUACUAGCCUCGAUCGCGAUCGUAUACCAGCCCAUCACACUAAAAGAGCUAACAUCUCUUGUCGAGAUGCUCGAAGACAUGGUCGAUGAUCUAGAGUCGUUACGGGAGAUUAUUAGCCUUUGUGGCUCGUUCCUUACUAUCCAAGAAGACACUAUCUACUUUAUACAUCAGUCUACGAAGGACUUUUUACGCACAAAAGCAUUCGACGAAGUCUUUCCAUCUGGAAGGGAAGAGGCUCACUACCUAAUCUUCUCAAGGUCGCUCCAGGUUAUGUACAAGACGCUACGACGGGACAUGUACAGCCUGCGUGCGCUAGGAUACCCUAUUGAGCGGGUCGAACAACCAGAUCUAGACCCGCUAGGGGCGUCACGCUACUCAUGUACCUACUGGGUUGAUCACCUUUGUGACUGGAAUCCCAACUCUUCUGCAAAUCACCCGGUCGUCCUGCAGGACGGAGGCGAUAUUGAUACGUUCCUGAGAAAGAAAUACCUCUACUGGCUAGAAGCUCUUAGCCUUUGCAAGAGCAUGUCGGAGGGAGUAGUGUCAAUGGCGAAACUUGAGGAUUUAACACAUGGAAGAGCAAAUGCAUCCGCAUUAAUCAAACUAGUUCGAGAUGCGCGUCGAUUUAUUAUGUAUCACAAGUGGGCAAUAGAGAACAGUCCUCUUCAGGCAUAUACGUCCGCGCUCGUGUUCAGUCCAGCUCACAGCCUGAUAAGGGGUCUUUUCAAGGAGGAAGGGCCAAAGUGGAUCACGAUACAACCGGCCAUAAGAGAUGAAUGGGGCGCGUGCCUGCAGACGCUCGAGGGCCAUAGCCGUUCGGUUAACUCGGUCGCCUUUUCUCACGACUCGGCACGGCUAGCUUCAGCAUCAAGCGACAAUACAAUCAAGAUUUGGGAUGCAAGUAGUGGCGCGUGCUUGCGGACUCUUAAGGGCCACAGCGGUAGCGGUUCAGUCAGCUCGGUUGCCUUCUCCCACGACUCGGCACAGCUAGCGUCAGCGUCAGACAAUACGGUCAAGAUCUGGGAUGCAAGCAGUGGCGUGUGCUUGCGGACUCUUAAGGGCCACAGCGGUAGCGGUUCAGUCAACUCGGUGACGUUCUCCCACGACUCGGCACAGCUAUCGUCAGCGUCAGACAACACAGUCAAGGUCUGGGAUUCAAGUAGUGGCGCGUGCUUGCAAACGCUCGAGGGCAGCGGUUCGGUUAGCUCAAUCGCCUUCUCCCACGACUCGGCACGGCUAGCAUCAGCGUCAGACAACACAGUCAAGAUCUGGGAUGCAAGCAAUGGCAUGUGUUUGCAAACGCUCGAGGGCCAUAGCGAUCAAGUUAACUCAGUCGCCUUCUCUCACAACUCGGCGCGGCUAGCGUCAGCGUCAAGCGACAACUCGGUCAAGAUCUGGAAUGCGAGUAAUAGCACGUGCCUGCGAACACUCGCGGGCCAUAGCGGUUCAGUCAGCUCGGUCGCCUUCUCCCACGACUCAGCACGGCUAGCGUCAGCGUCAUACGAUAGAACAGUCAAGAUCUGGGAUGUGGGCAAUGGCGUAUGCCUACAAACUCUCGAGGGCCAUAGUCGUUCGGUUAGUUUAGUUGCUUUUUCUCACGACUCGAUACGGCUAGCGUCAGCUUCAUACGAUAGGACAGUCAAGAUCUGGGAUAUGGGCAAUAUUGCGUUCUUGCAACCGCUUAAGGGCCAUAGCCGUUCAGUUAGCUCGGUCGCCUUCUCUCAUAACUUGCUACGGCUAGCGUCGGCGUCAUAUGAUAAGACGGUCAAGAUUUGGGAUACGGGCAGUGGUGUGUGCCUGCAAACGCUCGAGGGCCAUAGCGAUCGGGUUAGCUCAGUCGCCUUCUCUUAUGACUCGGCACAGCUGGCAUCGGCAUCAUACGAUAAGACGGUCAAGAUUUGGGAUACGGGCAGCGGCGCGUGCCUGCAGACGCUCGAGACUGGCCAGACAAUCUUUAGCAUAUCAUUCGAUAUUACUAGCUCGUGUCUUCACACUGACAUUGGUAUUAUCGCCAUUGAUGCAUCGUCAACGUCAAAUAUGACACUAAGUGUAACGCAUCCUCAAAAUCCUCGAUAUCAAGGCGUGGCUUUGAGUUCAGAUGGAGCAUGGAUAACAUACAAUUCAGAGAAGCUAGUUUGGCUACCCUCAGAGUAUCGGCCGUCGUCUUCGGCCGUGAUAGGGAAGACAAUCGGCAUUGGCGUCGGAUCUGGAAGGGUAUGGAUAUGCAACGUUGAGCUUAACAACUCUUUAGAACUUUGAUUGUUUAUAUAUAGCAGGGAGGACGGGCCGACCCGCUCCGGCGACGGAGUUGACCCUAUGGUGGAUGAACGGAAAAACUUUUGGAUUGUUGAAAGAGUAGGAUAUUCAUCU